ACCCCUCUCCAGAACCCAGCAGAGUCCAUCGGGAGCCGAAAGAGGGGCCCGGCGUCGGGCGCUACCACGCUGUCAUACACUACCGUGCAGUAUCGCAUCCGCUUCCGUUCCCACCAAGGGCCCAGAGGGACAGUCAAGGAUAGAAGCAUCGGCCAAGUCUGCGGCCAACUCCUCCACGUACCAACCUUCCUCAUCGCAUAUCGCACAAUCCCCAGCCUGCAGCCUGACAUCUUGGGCGGUCCACUAAUAUGGCUACACGGGUGGUGUGCAUGGGCGCGUACCGGUCCGCCGUCCAAUCAGCAUGCCACAGCGCCGUUUGGUUCAUCCGUCGGCCGUGGCCUCCUUCACGGCGGCCCGCCCUCCAUCAACGGUAACCGAGGAGGGUUGUGCUCUUUGCACCGGCGAAUAUGAGUCCAGGAAACAAACGUGCCUGCGUACCCGCGUCGGGGGCUGCUUUUACCGCCAAACAUUCCCCAAGCUCGGUAGAGCUGUGCCAGAGAAACGCAUCCCCUACAAACCCGUUUUUGUUUCCAUGUUUGCUUUCCCUGCCUGUUGGGACGCUGGCGGAAUGCAUGUGCCACCGCCGCAGCGAUUGCUAACUGAGCUGCCAGGCUUAUUAACCGGACCGGCCGUGCGAAAACUCGGGUCAAGGCACGUUUUGAUUCCGAGUCCCGGCCCUCGCUGCAACGCGGCGCCACUCCGGCCGCCGGAAACUAUCUCCACUUCGACUGCCCCCGAAAAUGGGCUACCUGUCACCCUGCAAUUUAACUCCAGGCCGCGGAGGACAUCAGUACAUCGAUUGGAAAUCCACGACUUUCUGCUCUCCGCGCUUACCUCCGGAUAGCCGAGUCCGUCGAACGAAGGGGAUUUCCCCGGCCGCCCAACAGGACCACCCCCACCUUUGCCAGACAUGCCUAACAACGGGUCUGUGAAGGAACGGACAGAGCCAAUCCACAAACUUGGGCGGCGGGGACGGUGGCAACCCUCGAUGCAAGCUACACAGCAACAAGCCAUUCCCGCUCGACGCUCCUCCCGCAAGCAACAGCUACCCUUUGCAAACCUAGCUAUUUUCAAGGCCCCAGUG